UUGGAUUUUGAGUGCACUUGCAGUGGCCGCCGGGAAAGCAUAAAUGCGAAUAAUGAGCAAAGCGCGGCCAGCGAGAGAUAACUGAUGAUGAAGAUGGAAAGCGAAUGUGAAUGUGAAUGUGAAUAUCAGGAAAUUUCAUUCCAUUUGAGCGCUUGUUUACCUUCUUCUUUGCCGCGCUGCUUCGCCUCGCACUCGAAUUCGCUGCUGCUGCGCCGCGACUGCGCUGCGACUGCGAGUGCAUUAAAACCUACAAAAUAGGGUAAAAAACGGCGGACGGCAGUUAGUAACGCUUGAGCUUUCGACCGCAUAUAGACGCCCGAUCCGAGUCACGAUCGGCGGCAAAGAGUAAAGCCAAGCACCGAAAAGGGCACGCGACAAUCAAAAGCGCAGCGCAGAGCAGCUGCAACAAGUGGUCAAGGCAACGCGAUCCCGCUAUUUAAUUGAAUAGAUCGGCUCUCCGCCCCCCGAUCUCGCCCAUUAUCCAUUAUCCCAAGCGGCGCAAAACUAUGCGAUUAACGAGGAAAAUUUCACAUUUUUCCCGGCUUUCGUUUUAAAGAAGCUCGCGAGUGUAUGCGUACUGCGAUUUACGUAAUAAUACGCCUUAUUUUCCGCGAAUACAUACCUACCUAUAUACUGGUUGAGUGUCACGUUUCGCGAAACCCCUGAACUCUUAACAUUUCCCUUCCCAGGAUGGCCUACAAUCCCAACAACAGCGCCGACGACACCGCAUACGAGGAUGACGAAGUAACAGAAGGUGCCUUACAGGUCUGGCGGACUCUGCCGGAGCGCAUUCGUCAGGAUCCCAGUCUUGCGUCCUUUCGCCAGGAGCACGAGCGUCUGCAUGGCGAUGUUGACCAGCUGCACGCGGAGGAGUCGGAGGUGCGGGUGCAGAAUGGACACCACGAGGAGACGGCGCUGGCCAACCAGCCAUUCACACAGAUCGGGAUCAAUGUGACGAACGAGGCGGGUCAGGUGCGGGUACUCGAUGGCAGUUUUCUGUGAUUCCCCGUGCCCAUUGCAGGGAUCUGGAGAACAACAACGAUGAUCAGCACGAGGAGGCCGAACCGCAUGCCAAAAGUUUGAUACGAAAGUAUCUCAUCUGGUUCAAGAUAGCCGUGCUCCUGGUGGUCUGGUGCGUCUUCACCGCCUUCCUGAUGUCCAACAACGAGCAUGUGGACCAGCUGAGCCUCAUAAGUGUUCCUAGGAAUAGCUCACCCAGAGUGUUUCCCAUUGCCACCGCCAGCCUGCAGAGGAUUGGCCUGGGCCUGCGAGGACCCUUCCGGCUGCAGGAGAACGAGCUGACCAUCAACGCGAGCGUUCCACUGCCCCUGCUCCAGGUGCAGGUGAUGCGCAGCUACUUCGAUGGCGAGGGCAUGGAGAUCUACAUCGAGAAUGCCAGCCAGGUGUGGCAACUGGACGUGGUCUAUCCCGAUCUGAUAGACGCCACCAGGGACACGAAGAAGCAGCGAACCUUCGAGCUGAGUCCCACUGAUCCGUUGUGGUUGGCCCAGGCCAAUCGCACGGAGCUGAGCUUCGAGUUCACCAGCUCCAUCGAGGGGGAACUGCCGCUCCAGCUGAAUGUGGAUGAGUCACCCAUCUACAAGAGGGACGGAGUCAUCUAUGCUGCGGCUGUGCUCUGCGGUCUGUAUGUGAUGAUCAUCUGGGAGAUUGUGAAUCGAACCUUUGCUGCCAUCAUCGCCUCCACUUUGUCGGUUGGCAUACUGGCUGCACUGAACUCCAGGCCCUCGAUGGCCACCAUUAUGGGUUGGAUCGAUGUGGAGACACUGCUGCUGCUCUUCGGCAUGAUGAUCCUGGUGGCCAUUCUCUCCGAGACGGGAGUCUUUGACUAUCUGGCUGUGUAUGCCUACAAGAUAACCAACGGACACGUUUGGCCACUCAUCAAUUGCCUCUGCCUGUUCACCGCUGUGCUGUCCUCCUUCCUGGACAACGUGACCACCGUGCUGCUCAUGACUCCGGUGACGAUACGACUCUGCGAGGUCAUGUGCCUCAAUCCGGUGCCCAUACUCAUGUGCAUGGUCAUCUACUCGAACAUUGGCGGGGCACUGACACCAGUGGGGGAUCCGCCCAACGUCAUCAUAGCCUCGAAUAGCUACAUAUCCAAAAAUGGCGUCAAUUUUGCUGUCUUCACCUUGCACAUGCUGCCCGGAGUUCUCCUGGUGAUGGUGCAGACCUAUAUCCAGUUGCGCUUCAAGUUUCGCAACAUCAGUGAUCUGCAGUUCAAGGACUCGCCGGAGGUGGAGGAACUGCGUCACGAGAUUCACGUGUGGAAGCGGGCGGCCGCCAGUCUAUCUGCCUAUUCCAAGGACGAGGAGCUGGUACGGCAGACACUGAUGAAGAAGGUGAACCGCCUGAAGAGGAGCCUUAAGAAACGCAUGACGGCGGUCAUAGAACCGGCACCCAAUUACCAACAAACUCUGGCCAAUCUUCAGGCAAAGUACCCCAUUCGCAACAAGCCGCUGCUAAUCAAGUGCUCCGCCGCCUUACUUUUUGUGAUCAGUUUGUUUUUCCUGCACUCGGUUCCCGAACUCCAAAGACUGUCUUUAGGGUGGACCGCUCUGCUGGGCGCCAUAUUCCUCAUCAUUCUGGCGGACAUCGAGGACAUGGAGGCCAUACUGGCUCGCGUGGAAUGGUCCACGCUGCUCUUCUUCGCCGCUCUCUUUAUUCUCAUGGAAGCCCUGACGGAACUGGGACUGAUUGAGUGGAUCGGCAACAUGACCGAGGGCAUUAUCCUGGGAGUCGGCGAGGAUCGGCGCCUGAUGGUGGCCAUUUUGAUCAUUCUUUGGGUUUCCGCUGUGGCCUCCGCCUUUGUGGACAACAUCCCACUGACCACGAUGAUGGUCAAGAUCACCAUAUCGCUGGCGCAGAAUAGCACCUUGAAUCUGCCACUACAGCCUCUGGUUUGGGCCCUGGCCUUGGGCGCCUGUUUGGGAGGCAAUGGCACGCUGAUCGGCGCCUCUGCCAAUGUGGUCUGUGCCGGAGUGGCGGAGCAGCACGGCUACAAGUUCACCUUCCUGCAGUUCUUCAAAGUUGGCUUUCCCAUCAUGAUCGGCAGCAUUAUUGUCACCACGGGCUACCUGCUCGUUUCGCAUUCGCUGUUCGCGUGGCAUUGAUGAAGGGCCCCCAUUGAUGACGGAGUUGACUGUGUCGAUUCGCAACAAGGCGCACUGUACCUCGUUACCUAACGGACAGAAACUGUUCCAAAUGCCACACUCAUCCGGUUUCCGAUGCCGGAAGCAGCACCAAGCUAGAUGGGAACCAACUCCUUAUGCGAUGGCCAUAAGUGUUGGUUCCGGGAAAACAGAGAAACACAGAAACGAAGAAUAUUACAUAAAAAUACAUUUAUUUUUACACGUCGUUGUUAGUGUAGUGUGUAGUAUAAAUAACAUAACAAACAACAACAAUUAAGAGAAUUAAAAUAAAUAUAAAUUAAUUAUUUACAAUUAAUAAUGUCGCUGAACUGUGAAACAAUUGUUAAAUGUUAAAUGUAUGAAUACGAAUCAAAUAAAAACGAAACAAGUAAGCCCAAAUAACCCAAUAAAUGGGUUAUUUUAAUUACAUUUUUUGUUAAUGCUGAAGAAAACUCUGAAGAAAGUGUAACUUACAUAUA